AUGGAGAACGAUAUACCUACUAUUCAGGCCCCUGAUGGGCGCUCUUCAAGGCGAGACCGCCUUAUGGGCAAGCUGUUUGGUGGUAAAGAUCGCAAAGGAGAAGAAGCUCGCUCCGCUGCCAACGUCGAAUCGUUCCUUCACAGCUCCUCAGAUAAUCUUACAAUCAUAAACCCUCCCCCGCCUCCCCCACCGUCUUCGCUCCCAAAGCUAGCCAAGCUCGACACUACAUCGAUCUCCCGUUACCCCCAAGCUUUAGCUGUCAACCAUGCAGCUCAGCAAAACCGUCCUCUCGUCGCAGGCGCAGCUCGGCCCGAUACAAACAAAUCGCCGGGACGAAGCCCACGACCUAAUAAGAAGGGCCUUGUUGUAAGAUUCGACGAUACCACCCCCGAAGUGAUUGGCGAAGGAGGAGAUGAAUCUGAGAUUCCAACUCAAGAAAUCUCGAAGCGCAAAGCCUCUCGACCUAAACCACAGCAGGCGCCACAACCACCACAACCACCACAGCCACCCGCACAUCGCAGGGCUCCAAUGCCACCAGCACGCCCUCCUCGUCCCGACUCGACUGGACCCAGCUCGCCUGUGGACGAUUUCCGACCAAAAUCGCUAUCCAGAACACAGACUGGGUUCUCCUCAAUUUACACACCUGGGUCGGACGACGAGGGUGACAAUGGAACAAACAAUAAUAACAAACCAGAUGAGCUUGUGUCACCCAUCUCUGCACAGCAGACACUCAGCCCAGCAAGGGCAAGAUUUCUGGGUCCAGCGGCAAGACAAGAUGAUAACAGAAAAUCAUAUAUCGAGAUCCAUUCUGCGCAACAACGUGAAGCAGAAGGCAGAGUGUUUGCUGAAGCUGCUCGAGUCGCCAGUGCGACGUCAGCAUCCUCCCACAACUGGGAUGACCCUCAUUCUGCUACGCCUCUUUCAACCUCUCCUGUUGAAUCGCGAAGACCAGGGCCACCAUCACCAGAAGUUCAAUCCGCGAAGCCGAGUCUUGAAUACAGUCCUGCAGCUUCUGUUCAUUCCAAUUCUUCAUCUUAUUCACCGCCUGGACCUUCAGCUGCAAUCCCGGCUUCUGCCCCAGGUGCAUCUCCAGCACCGGCGCCCACUGGGUCUCCAGCUGUUCCCACUCCUGCUUCCGCAAUAUCGUCGGCCUCAACUCCUACUUCAGAAGUCAAUCAAUUGUCUCGGCAGCCAAGCAUUGCGCCACAGCGUGCUCCUCCCAUGAUGGCAUCCAGAGCUUUAUCUGUCAGAGUUGCUGAUGGCACUUCUGCAGCUGCCGAACAGGCUCUUGAGACCUUUACCACAAGGACGAGCCAUCUUUUCGAACUCUUCCGACUUCAUGCGGAAUCUAUCAAACCCUUGUCGACUUGUUCUCUAAUGGAUUUUGGACGUGGUGCAUUGUGGUGGUUUCUUAAGGGUCGCAUGGGCCUCGAGGUCGCUAUUAGAGAAAGGCCCAGUUCUCCACAGGGCCAGAUGCAGAACGACAGAGAUCGUCAACAAGCCUAUGCCAACUUGGCAAAAGCCUUCUGGCUUUCUGAGCAGGUUGUUCCCGAAGUUGCUCAGUCACAAGGGGUAGAAAUUGACUCUGAAGUCGCCGACGUUAGCACUAGUCUGGUUUCAGCGCUUAAGAAGCUGGCCAUGUCUAUGAAACGCAACGGAUUCUUACCCCCUGAGGAUGCAUUCUUGCCACAGAGCAUUGAUAAGUCGAUAUGGGUUGAAUACCCACCUCUGAGUCAGGACAUGAUUGCCCUGCUCUCAGGCAACUGGGCUUCGGGUCUUACUGCCAUGACCAGCCCGAUGUCCAAAUUGAGGCUACUGGAUUCUUUGCCCGUUGGAGAUACUACGGAUAACUUUAACUACGGACGAGUGCAAGCAGAUGCUUAUCUUAUGGAGCAAGGCCAUGAAGACCAGAAGUUCUACUUCCCUUGCCUGCUUUCGAUGGUUCGACCACAGAAGUCUACGGGGCUGGUUUUCAUCCUGACAAGCCAGAACGGUCACGUGCAACUUGCUAUACAGGAAAACAAGAACGUUGGUCCAGUUUGGGACGACCUUCGCUGGCGAAAGGAAACGUUUACUGUUGACAUUCGACUACGACGUGGUUUCAUGUUAACUAUCCAGCUCGUGCAGCAGGAUUUCAGGACUCUAUGGAAUAUGUAUGAUUUUGGAAGCAAGGUCAACCAGUCACUUUUCCCACGUAAUGACGAGAGCAUGGUGUUCAGGUCGACCUUACGAUCAUUCCAGGUAAUGGAUGCCGACCCCAACUACCGCCAAUUUCCGAAAGAGCCAACACCUUAUUGUGAAAUCUCACUGUUUGAAAAGAUCCACAAAGAGAAUGGACCUGCGGCUACUCGCACAUGGCAUCUUGGCUUCCGAAUUGCCGUGGUCACAGGGCCAAAGACAAGAACGCUGAGCGGAGUCCAGCAUGUGUAUUCCCCAGCUCAUCCUGUCCAGUUCGGAUUCUUCCGCGGCGAUGGCGAUGCCCCCUCCCUCGCAAUCAAAUACGAGAACGGUAAGUCGAAGGGUCGUAUGGUCAUGGUCUUUAGCGACGACAAGGCGAGGAUCAAGUUUCAUUCGAUUCUGACCGGAACGGCCCUGGAUCACGAUGAAAAGAUUUAUGCGGAUGUGCCCCUCAAGAACUUUUCGGUUGCUCAAAGUCUCCGGGAGCCUAUUGGGAUGGCUCCAUUCAGUCGUAUGCCGUGGAAGGCUGUGAGAGUCGUUAACGAUGAAUAUGGUGGAGACAUGCCACCAACAGUAUUGGCCGACCAUCUGAAGGUGGUAAUAGAUUACCAGAACGGCAAUGUCGCUGAUCGUAUCAAUGUGGCGCCUGGAGAGUUGCGCGUGAGGCUGGAAGUCAGCAACGCUAAAGUCCUCCGUGUUCUUCGACAGCCACAGAAGGACAUGACUAUCUCGGUCUCCGAAGCACAGGUACCCAAGGAGCUUCCCAGAAACAUGUCUGAUGCAUUGCAACUGCUAAGACACAACCAAACCAUCCGAACAUUCGAAUUCAACAACCUCAAGGACUUGCAUGAUUUCCAACUCGCCAUCACAGGCUUUGAGGUCAUCUUUGACGCAUUGGCAGUGACGUUUGCCAUUCAACGACGCCGUAUGGUUGUGCCAAUUCACAAGAAGUGGGAAGCUGGAUACACGCGUAUUCAGGUGAUCAGGAACGAAGACGGGCAACUGCAGCUCUUGGCCUUCUUUGAAGACUUCCACCAUGGACAUUGCAUGAAUUUCCAGUUGAAAGGAACUGAUGUUUAUGAGAGUGUGCAACGGAGCAGCAAAUCUGGUAUCAAGUUCAUUGACGCCAAGUUCCCUCUACCACGACUUCCGGCGGACAAGGACGGCGAUUAUGACGAUAUAGCAUUUGUCUGCCUCGACCUUCCGGAUCUACCAGGCGAGCAUGACGAUAUCUCAAUCUUGUUUGAGAAUGAAUCAGACCGAGAAGCGUUGGCACAAUGCUUGCCUGCCCCGAUUAAGGGUUCGAAGAAAAAAUGA